AUAGAAGAAGGAGGAGGAGAAAGAGGAGGAGGAUAUGAACAACUUACCCUGCUGAGCUUUCUUUGGGGAAUACGUGCAUCAAGAUUUAGAUCUGCAUGUAAAAUCUAUACAAAGUAUCUGCCACUACAGGUCUGACUCUCCUCCCCACCCCCACCCCCACCCCCCGCACCACCGUUUUUUUUUUUUUUUUUUUUUCCCCUUCUUUCCGUUUUCUCUGCUGUGUCAGAAAGACCGACACAGAACUAUCUCUGUUUCUGGCUCCACUGCCAGUGGAGUUUUCAUUCAGACUUUCCGAAGAGAGGUGGAGAAACCUAAAGACUCAGGAGAAGAAGAGGUCUUUUGAGCCAAAUGGGGCAUUAGUUCUUCUGCUUUUCUCAGCAUGGAUAAACCUUUUCCUCAAGGAUUUUCUGAUGUGCCCUAACGUCCAUGUAACAACAAGGGCUCUUUAUCACCACAAGUGCCACCCUAACCCAAAACCACUCAGAACUCAAGAAUCAAGGCAAAAUGGAUGCUGCAGUGACAGAUGAUUUCCAACAAAUUCUUCCUAUUGAACAGCUGCGCUCUACUCAUGCUAGCAAUGAUUAUGUGGAACGGCCUCCAGUCCCCUGUAAACAGGCCCUCUCCAGCCCUUCCCUUAUAGUGCAAACCCACAAAUCUGAUUGGUCCCUGGCUACCAUGCCUACUGCUCUUCCCCGCAGUCUCAGCCAGUGCCAUCAAUUGCAGCCCUUGCCUCAGCAUCUGAGCCAAUCUAGCAUUGCCAGCUCAAUGUCCCAUAGCACCACUGCCUCUGAUCAAAGGCUCUUGGCCAGCAUUACCCCCUCACCUUCAGGCCAGUCCAUCAUCCGAACCCAGCCUGGAGCAGGGGUCCACCCAAAGGUUGAUGGUGCUCUGAAGGGAGAAGCUGAGCCGUCUGCAGUGCACCCCAGUGAGCACCUCUUCAUCUGCGAGGAGUGUGGGCGCUGCAAAUGUGUCCUUUGCACGGCAGCUCGUCCUCUCCCCUCCUGCUGGCUGUGCAACCAGCGUUGCCUUUGCUCUGCUGAGAGCCUCCUCGAUUAUGGCACUUGUCUCUGCUGUGUUAAGGGCCUCUUCUACCACUGCUCCACUGAUGAUGAAGACAACUGCGCUGAUGAGCCCUGCUCCUGUGGGCCGAGCUCUUGCUUUGUCCGCUGGGCAGCCAUGAGCCUCAUCUCCCUCUUCCUACCUUGCCUGUGCUGCUACCUGCCUACCCGUGGAUGCCUCCAUCUGUGCCAGCAGGGCUAUGAUAGCCUCAGGCGACCAGGCUGCCGCUGUAAGAGGCACACCAACACUGUGUGCAGAAAAAUCUCUUCUGGUAGUGCACCGUUCCCCAAGGCCCAGGAAAAGUCUGUAUGACCUUCCCACAAAAUGGAUCCAGAGCUUUCUCUUUCUUAGCCCCCAUCAGUAAAGUGCAGGCCUCAUCUUUGAAGAGGGGGAGGAGGAGUAAAGUAGCCAAAGUUAGGGCCUCACCAGUUUUGCCCCUGCAGUGUCAGGGGAAUGGCCAAGUACAUCCUGGUGCGGGAUGCCUUGCUCUUGCUCACAGUAUCUAUCCCACUCCUCUUCAACCUUUUUACACCUUGCCGUUUUAGCCCUGUGGCUGUCAUGGCAAAUUCAGGUGAUAUAUAGGCAUGACAUUUGGACACCGAGGGCUGACAGAGCCAGCAACGUGGAGGUUUAGGGGCUCCCCAAUAUAGUGCCUCUCGAUGCAGGCUCUGAGCGUCACUCUACUUUCCACAGUGCCUUUGGAAACUUUCUUCUAAGAUAGUUUUCACAGGUCCGUGUGGAACAGCAUUCAAUAUUCCAGGGAAUCUGAUCCCUUCUCCCUUGUUUACUGCCCUUCUCUUCUUCAGUCUCUUUUUCUCCCUGUCUCCUCUUGUUCUGUGCUCCCUCCCCCUUCGUUCCCAGUCUCUCUCCUUCUACUUUUCCUCUCUUUUCUUUCUGUCUCCCUUCCUUCUACUCCUUUGCUCCCUCUCUUUCAGACUAAUCCAUUCUCUACCUGUAUUUCUAUCUUGUUUGGUCUAUCUUUGUCUCUCUCUACCUUUCCUUCUCUACUAUGUCCGAAAGUGCUGUUUUUCCAUAGGUGUUUCCUUUGACGCCAAACUUUGCUAUGCUAUACUAUUUACUAAAUUUUAUUAAGGGAAAUGGAUUACUGUAAUGAACUGAUCACUAGCAAUAGUCUAUAUCCUGACACGUGUGUGUGUGCUCAUAACCACACUCACCUGUUUGUGAGCAUAUGAGGCAAAAUUAUCUUACAUUUCCAGGUUUAACUAGUUGGAGUUUUACUCCCUUUCCCAAUAAUCAACUUAUAGUGCUGACAGAUUCCACUAGCAUGCGGAGUAGGAUAGUAAAUCAGGAUGCUCAUAACUUUGUAUGUCUGACCCAAGUGCCAAAGGCAGACGUGCUUUAUAGCUAAAUGAACAAAGCAAAGGAUAUUACAGAGGUCUGUUCUCUCUUAGAAGCUAACUGCCCUGAGACUGCAUGGCUCAGGCCUUAAUUACGGACAUAAAAAGUCAUAAAACUUUAGAGCUGGAAGGAAUCUUAACUGUUAAUCUAGUUCAAUGCCCUUAUUUUACAGAUGGGAAAACUGAGGCCUGGGGAUAGGAAGGGAUUUUCCCAAGGCCACACACGGAGUUCAUAGCAGAGUUGGGACUGGAAUACAGGCCUUCUGACUCCUAGUUAAAUAUUCUCUACCCUACACCACAUUGAGUCCUGGGACUUUUCUCAUAGGACUCUAUUAACAGUAACAGAAGGCCAUUGCCAUUCAAUUUUCUGGAACCAUGCCAACUUAGUGUACUGGUCUUUAUGCAGUGCCUGGUGGGUAGCUAAUUAACUAUCAGGUGUUGAGACUGCCCCCAGUGGACAUCAUCUUUGGCUCUGUCACCUGUAGAAGCUCAAGUGUGGAAAAAACAAACAAAGAAUCCCUAACCAAGCUGUACCUUCGCCUACUCUUUGCUGCACACAUUGUGCUCACUCCUGGCUUUGUCUGCAACGGCAAUUGCCUGAAAACCUAAAUUUCAGCAACAGUGGAGAACUGAGAUGAAAGACAUAUAAUGCAGAGAACUGACUUCUCUUUUAAAAAAUACCAAGAGCCUGUGUUGUGAAUCCACUUCAAUGGGAAAAGGCUGCAGUGGGGAUGGCAGGCUCCUAAAGACAGCUGUUGUUAAAGACACAAGAAUUAGAUCCAGUUUCCCUCUGUAAGUGAAUCCAAAAUUCACUAAGGAAUUCAGAGAUUGAGGGCACUUGCUUGAAAUCAAGGUGCUCCAACUUAGUUUAAGACUUCCAGACUCUGACUUUAUAUAUCAUCUCUUUUAAAGUGUGCAUGGAUGUGUAUUGCAGAGUGGAGAGGUGGAGAGAAAUGUAUAGUCAUACACAGGGGGAAGAAGAAGAGAACAUCCAUAUCUCUUUGUUGGAUAUAUACUAUAGAAAUAUGUGCCACUCAGUUUUUGUUGGUUCUGAAUCUUCCUGAAGUAUAGUGACAUUUGGGCUGUACACAGCCUCAUACUUUCACUUUCACCUCCUCUUCUAGAAUUGCUUUGCUCUAUUUUUGUAUAUAUAAAUAUGUUAUGAUUAUUAUUAAUAAUGUUAAUGAUAUUGCUGCAAAUGGUGCCAUAUAUAAGGUUUGGCUUCUUGGAACAUUAUAAACCCAAACCAAUACCUGUAACCUCUUAUGUUGCUUUCAGAUCUUUUAAUUUUAAGUAACUUUUAAAAAUCUUACAAGUCUGCCUGAUUGACCUUUGACUUAUCUACCUACCCCUAAAGCUGUGCCCAGUUCUCUGAGUCCAGCUGGAUGGUGAUGAGUAGCAACACACACUUCUCCCCGCUUCUGCCUGAAAUUUGCUUAGAGCUGAGAUAUAUAAGGAUUCUAUGACACUAGUGCAUUGUUCCUGGAGCUAAAGUUAUUCUAUGGAUGUUUGCUUACUAGUAUCAGGGCCCAAACUAACACAAGUCCCUCCUCUUUGAUAGCUCCUUGAUAUCCCAAUCCUGCAGUCCUUACUCAGGCAAAUUGUGCACUGCCAGAGGGGCCCUGGGCUCUGCCAUACACCCAGAAGAGCUCUUCUCAGUGUGUUUCUAAAUGGCCUUACACUUGGUAGAAGAAACUGAAGGGUUACUCAAAUGCAAUUGCAAUCUGCAAUCUGCUGCUGAGUCAGGGCUUUCACUUGUGUCCAAGUUGGCCUGAUACGGGCUGCAUCUGGUUUACGUAUAGAUGGGUCCUGUUGGGGUAUGCGUACAGAUGUGUGAGUGUGCAUUUGCGUCCCUUCUGUGAAGUUAUAUAUAUGUAUAUGUAUAUGUAUAGUAUAUGUAUAUGUAUAUAUAUGUGUGUGUGCGUGUGUGUGUAAAUAUAUAUAUUCACACAUCUCUAUAUAUUUUAAUGUAUUGCACAUGUAUAUUUAAAAUAUAUAUGAAAGAACUCUAAAUCCUGCAGAAAGCCUCUGUUUUCAUUAUUUUCUACCUUGUGGCAUGUACUGUAUAAACAGGAAUAUUAGAGGGUGUUUCCUGCUUAGCAUUUUUUUUUUUUGCAGUCAUCCAUUACCGCCUUAUUCUACUGCUUUCCACAUAUUGGUUCCCUGAUACAUCUCAUACGGCUUUAGUCAAGAGUUCUCCUCUAAUUCCAGCCCAUCUUCCCUCAUCACAAUAGCUAUAAUAAGUAUAGUGAACACUUAUAUAGUGCUUACUGUAUUGCUAAGCACUAUUUUAAGCACGUUACCUAUAUUGGCUCAUUUAAUUCCCACAUUAACUGUAAGAUGUAGGUACAAUUACAAUUGCCAUUUUACAGAUGUGAAAACUAAAGCCCAGAGAGGUUAUUUGAACUGCUAAAGGUAACAAUGCUUGUAAAUUAUGGAGCUAAUAUUUGACCCUAUGCUGUCUGAGUCCCAAGUCCCUGCUCCAGAGUUGGGUGUAGAAGUCUGAAGGAUAAUGCAGACUCUUCUGGUAUAACAAGCCCCAAACAGUGAACAGUCCUUUCCCUAACUGCAGUUCAUCUGCAGCCUAAAACUUGAAACAAAUGUGCUCCUAUGUUAGGAGUGAAGCAAUAAUUACAGACAUCAUAUAUGUCUCUUACUUCCCAAGAUGAUGGCAUUAUAAACUUCUCCACCAUUCCCUUUGAAAACAUGUUUGCAGACAGUUGCCAUUUUUCAGGCAGUUUACAGUGUAGAACUAGUAGGGAAAUAUUGUGACUUGUGCCAGAGAAGUUUACGAGUUUUUAAGACUUUGACCUUUUCUUUACAGGCCCAGAGAAAACUAAUUUGAUUUCUUUCUGCAGAAAGUAGAACUAAAACUAUUUUUGGAACUUGAAAUUAGCUGGAAUUGUUAACAUCUAAGUUCAUUGAUUAUACUGAGAGCAUUUUUCUGAUUCAAAUGUAAGCAAUCCACUGAUGACCACUGUUCAGUGUAAUACCUUACUUUUCCCAUCACUGCCUUCAUACUGACAAUCCUUUACCCUGGUAUUAUUUCAGAGCCAUAAAGACUCUUAAAGAACAUCUAUCCCAAUGUCAACAUUGUAUAGUUGGAGGAAAAAAUGCAUAGAGAGGGAAUAAAACCUGUCCAAAGCUACACAAUUCUGAAUUUGGGUGUAAUUAUGAUUUAUUUAUUUUCAGAAAUCUAAGUUUCUUAGAAAAUAGAACUUGAAGCAAAAACUAAUGUGCAAUUCCAGGGAAGUAGGAGUAAGGAAAAAGAGUAGUGAGGAAGGAAGGAAGGAAGGAAGGAGAGCAAACAAAAAGGAGUGUAUCAUUGUGUUGUCCAUAAUCAGUUUCAUGACAAGCUAAUUUCUCAAUUUGUUAUGACUGGCCAUAUUACAUCUCCAUACAGCCCAUCUGGGGGACUAAAGGAGAAGAAUUUAUCUCCUGCCUCCUAUCUUAAUAGUCAAAUACCUUCCCUGUAAGAUAUUAACUCCCCUACACUUCUGUGUAGUGCAUGUGUGGAUGCCCAAGCAGGUACCUUGGCAUCUCGUACGUCAGGAGCAAGGGGUAGCAAGUGUGUGGCUAUGUGUGUGCUAUAGGGAGACAAAUGAACUUGAGAACCUAUGUAUUCUUGACUUGCUUUGAAGGGCUUCCUUCUAUAUGGAAAUGAAGUCCCUGGUUCAACUAGUGGAGUAACAAAGUCUCAAAAUAUCCUUCUUCUUAGCAUAAAAAGAAACUUUAUCCUAGUGAACUCUUCAAAAAGUAUGUCUAAACCAAUGCACGUACAUGCACUUAUGUUCACUUAAGCUUCAUCAGCAUAAUAGCAGGAAAAUUGGUCAAGUUAUUAAAUUCAGGAAAAAUGGCUAAACAAGUUAUUUUGCAACAUAAAAAUAAAACAUUCUGUUGGUCAA